AUGACCUCAGCGCGCGAGCCGAAACGUUUUAUUUUACUUGGCGAUGCUGGUGUCGGAAAAUCUUCAUUAAUUAACUUUUUGUAUAAUAUGAGUUAUGGUACAAAAGAUCCAAAAAAAAUUUUUUGUACUAGUCCACAAGUUAAAUUAUCUAUACCAUGUGCAAAUUGGUUGGACUGUCUUGAUAAGAAAUACCGAAAUAAGCACAGUGAACGUGAUAUUAAUGAUCAAAUACAAAGUCAGACGCAGAAAUGCAUGACGUAUUCAUUUCGAACAGCAGAUUUUUAUCUCGAACUAAUUGAUACACCAGGAUUCAAUGACACAAACGGCUUCGAUGUCGAUGAAAGAAAUUUGGACUGCAUUGAAAAGACUCUAAAACAAUUACCUUUCCUAAAUGGAAUUAUUAUUGUUAUAAACGGUGCUCUUCCACGUCUCGGUGUGUCAUUCAAAAACGUUUUACAUUCAUUGUAUCAAAUAUGGCCAAAUGAUUUAUUAAACAAUUGUGUUGCAGUUUUGACAAAUUGUGAUAAACUUAGUGUUAAUUUAGAUCCAGCAAUAUUACAUGAUCAUUUUAAAAUAGAUGAUAGCAGGGUAUUUCACUUGCAAAAUAGCUUAUUUCGAUGGAACCCCAAAAAUCAAUCAUCAAAAGCAAUACGUCGGUUUGAACAAGAUUUUGAAGACACUCUGGACAUAACUGAAACUUUAGUGCGAAAAUUGUUACAAUUUAAUAGCGUUUCAACACAAGUAUUCGAAAUUGGUGGUAUUAAAAUAGCUUUAAUUGAAAAUUGUAUUAUUGAGGCUAUCAACAAAAUUAUCAGUCUAAUUAAUAUAUAUAAAGACCAAACUGCAACAGAAGAUGGUAUUAGCAAUGCGCACCAUACAAUGCAAUGUAAUGAAAAAUGGGAAAAAGAUCAAGAAAUCACAGUUAUGCGUUGGGAUCAAUCACCACAACGUCAAUCACGAUCACUACUACCCGCAAAAUCAGAAAAUCCAUCGAAAUUUAUUGAAAAUCGUCGACCAGCAUCAGCACAAAGCGCCUCUUCGUCAGGAAGAAGUUGUGAAAAAGACAUCUCGAGAUCUUUUGUUGUUAAUCGAGAUCCACACGGUUCAUAUUCAACGAAUGAUGACUACAUGCAUAAAAAUAAUCCUUCGGCGCAUACUGAUAAUGACACUGGUCAGCAUUGCAGGCCACCAGAGUAUAAAAAUCCUUCAUCCAAUCAUCAUCAUCACCAUGAUCCUCAAGAAAGCCGUUCUUCUACGUGUUCAUCAUCAUUAAAACAGAAUACCGAUACUUCAUUUCAUCAUGAUUCUUCUCACAACAGCACACAUUCAACUACAAGACCAUAUUCUGCUCGAACUGCUGGAUAUCCUUCAUCAUCAGCGACUGCUGAAACCUGUGGUAAAGAUCAUAAGAUUUCAGCAUCACAUGAUCGUGAUGAGAGACAUGACACAUAUUCAAGAGAACGACCACAUGAUCAGAAAUACAGUAAGGCUCAUUAUGAUCAUGAUGAUGGGUAUAAUCCCCAUAAUCCUAUGUAUCGACAACAAACAGCAAAAGUCCGAGUAACAUUACCAGAUAAUGAGACUCGAUCACAUUAUACUUAUGCUGAACAACAAGAAUUUAUGUUAAAAAAUAAAGCGCAACACUUGAUUGCCAGACAGCAAAAGUUGGAAACAGAAAUAAACUCAUCGUUAACACAAUUAAAAGCAAAAGUCACUGCAUUACUUUCAAUAAAAAAAAACUAUGACAUUAUUGGUCGAACCCAAGAUUUACUCACAAAAUUCAAUAAAACUAUUAGUGUAAUGGACGAAAACAUAGAUAUGAAACGCUAUUACGAUGCUACUGUGAAGAUCCUUUCAAAUAAACGAGGCCAGAACCAAGUCGUGAGUUACUUAUACGGAAACAAUACAUGA